CCUCUCCUCUCUGCCCCUCUUGUUUCCCUCUCCCUUCAAAACCCUACCCCCCGCCCCUUCCUCGCUUCCCGCUUGCCAUGUCCGAGGUUGAGGGCUCCAGCCUCCCGCCGACCGAGCUCCCGCUUCCGUCGCCCCACCAGCAUGCGCAACAGAUUCUCCGCCCCGCCGCCCACCGCCACUUCCCCUUCUCUCCCGCCCUCGCCCUCGAUCCCCACCUCCUCCCCGGCCGAUCUCCCGGACCCGCUGACAAGGACCGGAUCGGCGCCCCCGACGCCGCCGUAAAAAGACAAACAAAUGGAACAGAAAUAAACAAAGUUGAGAGUAGUGAAGGGCCUAUUGGACAAAGGCAGAAGGAGGAAGCUGGAUCUCAUAUACUUCCAACUGAGUCAGGAACAGGUGUCAAGCGUCCAAGAAAAACAAAGCCUUCAAAACAUAAAAAAGCAGUACAGCAACAGUUGCCUGGACCAGCUGAGGGGAACCUUUCAAAUAUCUUAAAUCCUAGCAGCUGCCGCUAUGACAGUUCUCUAGGUUUGUUGACGAAGAAAUUUAUCAAUCUGCUUCGGGAAGCUGCUGAUGGGACUCUUGAUUUGAACAGAGCAGCAGAAAUUUUGGAUGUCCAAAAGAGGAGGAUUUAUGAUAUAACAAAUGUUCUUGAAGGAGUAGGAUUGAUUGAAAAAAACUCGAAGAAUAGGAUACGUUGCAAGGGAAUUAAUAUGUCAAGGCCUAAGGAGCUGGAUGAUCAACUUACUGCAUCGAAGGCUGCAAUUGAAACUCUGUAUGCAGAAGAUUGCAGGCUGGAUGGAAUGAUCAGAGAGAUGCAAGAUAAUCUCAGAAUUCUGACUGAAGAGAACAGCCGAAAAUGGCUCUAUCUCACCAAUGAUGAUAUUAAUAACCUUCCUUGCUUUGAGGAUUCUACUCUAAUUGCAAUAAAAGCACCUCAUGGAACUAGUAUUGAAGUUCCGGAUCCUAAUGAGGGUCUUGAUUUUCCACAAAGACGAUACCAAUUACUUGUCAGAAGCUCAAUGGGUCCUGUCGAUAUGUACUUGAUCAGCAAUCAUGGAGAGAUAUAUGAGGCUUCAAAUCAAAACCAACAGCCAGCUGCAAUGGAUUUUUGUGUCGGGUGUAGCUGCAAGAAUGAUAUGUCUUUUCUGCCAAAAGACAAGAAUACAGGUGGAACAUCUGAGCAAGGACGAGACCAAGCCGCUCAUUCUAACUCUUCGGGUUCAACCGCCUCACAGGAAUGUAUGGGUGGCAUCUUGAAGAUUGUCCCAUCAGAUGAUGAUGAUAUGGACACCGAUUACUGGUUUUCAUCAGAUCCUGGAGUCAGUGUUUCAGACACAUGGAGAACUGAAUAUAUCCGUGCAUUAGAUCCCAAUUACCCUUCUUGAUGUUUUUUCCUUUAGAUGCACGGAGGGCAUUUGAUAUGGAGUACCAUUUUAGCUGGACCGCCAUGGAGAAUGACCACAAACCAUUUCAAUUUGCCGUCACUAAAUAACAUCAAAGAAAGGAAGACCUCUGGAUCAGCAUUUCAUUGUAAAUAUGGCUAUACUACAGCCUUGGAGCUCCAAGAUCGGUUACGGAAGGCUUGACUGAUUUUCUGUGCAUGCCUGCCAGGGGAUUCCCCUGGGAUGUACAGAUCAUAAUAGGCUGCAUAAUCAACGGUAAAGAGCCCAGAGGGGGUUUGGGGGACCCAAAAAAAAAAAAAGAUUUGUAAAAUCGUAAAUGCUAAUGGUGGUCCUUUCUAUUAAUUCGUCAAUGAUCAAAUAAAAGGCUUAUAAAAGAUGAUCACUGCA